CAAUGGGCGGCGGCGGCGGCGCGGCGGUGCGGCGGCGCUGAGGAGCCCGCCGCCUGCCUGCGGCCAUGGCCACCGCGGCCGAGCUCUUCGAGGAGCCUUUUGUGGCAGAUGAAUACAUUGAACGCCUGGCAUGGAGAACACCUGGAGGAGGUUCCAGAGGUGGAGAAGCUUUUGAUCCUAAAAGAUUAUUGGAAGAGUUUGUGAACCACAUCCAAGAAUUACAGGUAAUGGAUGAAAGGAUUCAGAGAAAGGUGGAGAAGCUAGAACAGCAAUGCCAGAAGGAAGCAAAGGAGUUUGCCAAGAAAGUGCAAGAGCUGCAGAAAAGCAAUCAGGUUGCCUUCCAACAUUUUCAAGAACUAGAUGAGCACAUCAGCUAUGUGGCAACUAAGGUCUGUCACCUUGGCGACCAACUGGAGGGGGUAAACACGCCACGGCAACGGGCUGUGGAGGCUCAGAAGCUGAUGAAAUACUUUAAUGAGUUUCUGGAUGGAGAGCUGAAGUCUGAUGUUUUUACAAACUCUGAAAAGAUUAAAGAGGCAGCUGAUAUUAUUCAAAAACUACACUUGAUUGCACAAGAACUGCCUUUUGACAGGUUUUCUGAAGUAAAAUCGAAGAUUGCAAGUAAGUACCAUGAUUUAGAGUGCCAGCUAAUUCAGGAGUUUACCAAUGCGCAGCGGAGAGGUGAAAUCUCCAGAAUGAGAGAAGUAGCAGCAGUUUUACUUCAUUUUAAGGGCUAUUCCCAUUGUGUUGAUGUGUACAUAAAACAAUGUCAAGAGGGUGCAUUUUUGAGGAAUGAUGUGUUUGAAGAUGCAGCCAUCCUCUGCCAGCGAGUGAACAAGCAAGUUGGAGAAGUCUUUAGCAAUCCGGAGACUGUAUUAGCCAAACUCAUUCAAAAUAUCUUUGAAGUUAAACUUCAGGGUUAUGUAAAGGACCAGCUAGAAGAACACAGGAAGUCAGAUGCAGAACAGUACCUGAAGAACCUCUAUGAUUUAUAUACCAGAACUACUAAUCUUUCAAGCAAAUUGAUGGAAUUUAACCUGGGUACUGAUAAGCAGACUUUCUUGUCUAAGCUUAUCAAAUCCAUUUUCAUUUCCUACUUGGAGAAUUACAUUGAGGUGGAAAUUGGUUAUUUGAAAACUAGGAGUGCUAUGAUUCUGCAACGCUAUUAUGAUUCCAAAAACCACCAGAAGAGGUCCAUAGGCACUGGAGGGAUGCAGAUCCACAAAAGGACUGAAGCGAAAUUAAGUAUUCAAGACCUCAAAGAGAGGAUAAGGCAGCGUACUAACUUACCGUUGGGUCCAAGUAUUGACACCCAUGGAGAAACUUUUCUCUCACAAGAAGUGGUGGUUAACCUUUUGCAAGAAACUAAACAAGCUUUUGAAAGAUGUCACAGGCUCUCUGAUCCAUCUGACUUACCGAAGAAUGCUUUCAGAAUAUUUUCUAUGCUUGUAGAGUUCUUAUGCACUGAACACAUUGAUUAUGCGUUAGAAACAGGCCUUGCUGGCAUUCCUUCUUCUGAUUCAAGGAGCGCAAAUCUCUAUUUUCUGGAUGUUGUCCACCAAGCCAAUACUAUUUUCCAUUUAUUUGACAAGCAGUUCAAUGAUCAUCUGAUGCCAUUGAUCAGUUCUUCUCCUAAAUUAUCUGAAUGCCUUCAGAAGAAGAAGGAUAUCAUAGAACAAAUGGAAGUGAAGCUGGAUAUGGGCAUUGAUAGGACACUGAAUUGUAUGAUUGGACAGAUGAAACACAUCUUGGCUGCAGAGCAAAAGAAGACAGAUUUUAAACCAGAAGAUGAAAACAAUGUUUUGAUUCAAUAUACUAACGCCUGUGUUAAAGUCUGUGGCUAUGUUAGAAAGCAGGUGGAAAAAAUUAGAAAUUCUAUGGAUGGUAAGAAUGUGGACACAGUUUUGAUGGAGCUUGGAGUUCGUUUUCAUCGAUUGAUCUAUGAACAUCUACAGCAAUAUUCCUACAGUUGCAUGGGAGGCAUGUUAGCUAUUUGUGAUGUGGCUGAAUAUAGAAAGUGUGCCAAAGACUUCAAGAUUCCGUUGGUGUUACAGCUCUUUGAUACCUUGCAUGCACUUUGCAAUCUUCUGGUUGUAGCCCCGGAUAAUUUAAAGCAAGUUUGCUCAGGAGAACAACUUGCUAAUCUGGACAAGAACAUCCUUCACUCCUUUGUUCAGCUGCGUGCUGAUUAUAGGUCUGCUCGUCUUGCUCGUCACUUCAGCUGAGAGCGUGGAAAAAAAGCGUUACAUCUUUGGGCAGGCCACAGCUGUUGGGAAGCACAGGGAAUGGUUUCUUACCAAACAGUGGUUGUAAUUUUUGUGGGAUAAUGACUGUUCAGAAUAAAUCAGCAGCCAUACUUAAACAUGACUCUGUAGAAUGUGAGCAGAUGAAAAUUUGAGUGGUAUUUCAUGUAAGCUAAAGUUCUCCCGGUGAUGAAUUUUUGCAAAACUACUUGCUGCUAAUUUGGUAUUGGAAACAUGUUGGUGUAGGAAAGCAAGUGGUGCACUGAAAGUAUUUUAGUCUUCAAUAUUGAAUUAUCAGAUACCAUUUGUUAGACUUUUAAGUACAGAGCAUAGCGUAGGUAAUGGAUUACAUAGAAUAGACCAGUGUAGAAAUAUUCAUCAAUUUUAAUGACUUAGACUUCAGCACAGCUAAUCAUAAUCAAAUUAUCUUUGAUUGGUGUUUCUAAGUCAUUUCUUUCUUUUUAAAAUCUUAUCCUGCUCAAUGUAAUUUCUUGCUCUAAUUAAUUAGCUUGGAAUUUCUUUGAGAUGUAGGAGUAACAGAAACACUAGCCCAGAAAGAUGUAAUUUAUUCAUUGUGCAGCAAUGUAAACAGAACUAAAGUGAUAAAAACAAA